AUGCGGAGAACAUUGAUCUUCCUCUUCUCCCCUCAUCUACGAGCCACAUCAUGGAGCAGACAUCCCCAAAAGGAGGGCCCUCCUCUCCAGUUUCCCACGAACCAAGUCUCCAUCUCCCUUCAACGACCGAUCCACCCGGUCCCCAUAAUCCCGCCAAACCCCUCGUAUGGCUGGUAUACAAUCACUCACCCAGCAACAAAACCACCCAAGACACUAGCUAACCCAUAUCCCCAGAUCUUCGGUGCAACCGGCCACAUGGGCCGCUCUUUAGUAAAAACCGCGCUUGCCAACAACGACCGAGUAGCAGCAGUGGGACGCACAUACGAAAACAGCCCCGCAUCAAUGAAAGAGCUCGAAUCAGCGAACUGCAUCGGACUCCUAUGCGACGUACGAGCGCGCGAGACCGUGAAGCGCGUGAUCGACCAGACAAUAGCACACUUCGGUCGAAUCGACAUAAUCGCAAACUGCUCCGGCUACGGCGUGAUCGGCGCCUGCGAAGACCAGGAUGAAUUCGACAUCCGCAACCAAUUCGAAACAAACUUCACCGGAACCCUGAACAUGAUCCAGCUAUCGUUGCCUCAUUUCCGCCAGCGUCGCGAAGGGAGAUAUCUCAUCUUCAGCUCCACAUCUGGCGCGCUCGGCGUGCCGGGCCUCGGACCCUACUGCGCGUCCAAAUACGCCGUCGAGGGCUUGAUGGAGAGCAUGCUGUAUGAGGUGGAUAGUUUCAAUAUUAAGGGUACGCUUGUUGAACCGGGACAUAUGCGUCGUGAUGAUAUCACGGAUUUGAAUUCGGUCUCUGCAAUGGAGAUUAACCCCUCCGAACAUCAUCUCUCGUCGCCGUUACCGCUCUACGGCCAUUUUUUGGUUAAGCCGCCCAGUGAACCGUAUAACACGGCUACGUCGCCGGCGGCACAUGCGCGACGUAUGCUCAUGUGGUUGGGUGAUAAGCAGCCUGCUAGUGCUGUCAAGGCGGCAUAUUUGGUCUGGGAGCUUGGUCAUUGCUCCUAUCCGCCCCUGAGGCUGAUUCUAGGGACGUAUGCUGUUGAGAGUAUACGGGAUCGGCUGAAGUGUAUUAUUGAGGAGAUCGAAGAUUGGAAGCAUCUCAGUUUCCCGAUGGGUGAGGCGCAACCGGUUGGAGGUGGGCGUGGUAGGUCUGCUCAGGCUGAAGGGAGUGAACUGGGUAAUGGAUGA